AUGGUCAGCCAAGCGUCUGUAGCAGUUGAUUCUAAGGUCAUUUCAAGUAUUAAACAUGGCUAUAUGCUCUUAGUAGGUAUUUCCACUGAAGAUUCUAUAGCCGAGGUGGAAAAAUUAUCCAAGAAGGUUCUCAAUUUGAGAAUCUUUGAGGAUGACUCCAAGAAUUUGUGGAAGAAAAACAUUAAAGAGGUUAACGGUGAAAUUCUAUCUGUGUCCCAAUUCACAUUGAUGGCAAGGACCAAGAAGGGAACCAAACCUGACUUCCACCUAGCUCAAAAGGGUCACAUUGCUAAAGAGCUUUACGAAGAGUUUUUGAAAUUACUAAGAAACGAUUUAGGGGAAGAGAAAGUUAAAGAUGGUGAGUUCGGGGCCAUGAUGAGCUGUUCGUUAACCAAUGAGGGCCCAGUUACGAUAAUACUUGAUACUGAUUAG